CGCAAGGGUGUCUGUCUCUACAGUGGGGCUUCAUCAAGUUUUGUAACAAAAUAAUUUCGCGAGUUAGUUUGUGUGAGUUAUCAUUAUUUUUUAGCUUUAUUGUGAGAAGUACUGACAUAUACUACGAUCCAAAUGGUUAUGAGCUUGACAAAACUGAACAUGAGAAGUUCAGAAAAUCUCAACUGCAGCUUCGACUCUGUGAAGAGUUCUGAUGACAGCUCACACGACAACGAAUUCGAUUUCGAGGAGGAGUCGACUGUGGAUGGAUUCGACAACGAUGAGGACAGAUUGCAUGCAGCAGAGGCCUCAAUCAAUGAGCAAAAUGAAGAAGAAGACAAGAAGCCGAAGAGGGCGAAAAGCAAAUCAAGAAGAGCCACGAGAGCACGAAGUCCAACUCAGAUCCUACGCCUGAAGAAGCACCGGCGCAUGAAGGCGAACGAUCGCGAACGCAACCGCAUGCACAUGCUCAAUUCAGCGCUGGACCGACUCCGUUGCGUGCUGCCAACAUUCCCCGACGACACCAAACUCACCAAGAUCGAGACACUGCGAUUCGCACACAACUACAUCUGGGCGCUCAGUCAGACUCUACACACGCACGCGCAUAUGCAAACGCGCGACGAUAUCACGCUCAGCGUCGGCAAUGUCACCGUCUGCAUCGGACAGGAUGGCAAUAAUAGGAUAACCUCAACAACAGGCAGUUGCGCGGUGGCUCAACAGCGGAGAUGCAGCAACGAAGGUCGUCUUCCAGAUUUCAACCUUUCACCAAUCCCCGCCUUUCCCGCCAAAUUCUCUCCCGCCAACUACGACCAAUCCGCACCUGUCACGUCCACCCCCACCUACCAACCUACCUACCCCCCUCAGGAUCCACCUCUAACCAACCCCUGUGACCCCCCUCUGCACUACUUCCAGCACGACUGGAACCUCGACCAGGACUCGAAUCGGGGCUUAUCCCCAACCGGAGGGUACUCCCAGGGUAGCUGCACCCCCAGCGAUCAGAGUGCCGAGUGGUACCAGGGACAGCAAAUGAGUUCGCCUGACUACGCGGUUGGAAGACACCAAGAGUUGACCUACUAUGGUAUGAACAAUGACCGGUUCAAUCACUACAUGAAUGCUCAGAGGCAUAUGUUCCAAUGCCCUUGAAGAGGCCCUUGAACAACUAAAUGUUGAUCUAUUUUUAAAAUAAUUUUCUUGGGAAUACACUGAGGGUUGGCUCACAAUGCUAUGAAGCAUGGUAAUUCAACCACUACAUGAAUGUUCAGAGGUAUAUGUUUCAGUGUCCUUAAAAUGUAUCCUAUUAUAAUAAAUAAGGGUUCCUUCCUGAAUUGUCACUUAUGUAAAUUUUCAUCUCUUUUGAGAAUAGUCAUUUUCAUAAUUCACUAAGGGAUAGUUUACUCUGCUGUGAAGUAUGUGUAGUCCAACCAGUAUAACUCCAAGUUAUUUAAGAAUCUGACACAAAUGGGAGUUCGUUCCAAAACUGAAAUGUAAGUUAAUUUUUAUCUCUUUGAAAAAAAUAAUGUUCUUGAAAAUUCACCAGGAAAAGGAUAACUCUUUAACAAAAAAUGAUAGGUUCAACAAGUAAAUGAAUGAUUGGUGGUAUAUGUUUCAGUUUCCAGUAUUCUUUAUUCAUUCAUUUAUUGUAUGAAACACUAUAAUCAUAAUACAAUUAUGACAUUGGAGGAAAAACUAGGCUGAGUCUGUACUAUUUCUCUCCAAAAAUU